CUCUGAUGAAUGUUGGCGAUCCCUGUUCGUGAAAGCAAAUCGAAGCGGUGAUUCCUCACUGCGUCGCUUAAAUGGCUUUGCGUAUUAUGUCAGCGAUAGUGCCAAAUACACAUAAUGUAGUAGAUCAUGCAAUUGAGAAGGAAAAAUUAUUGGAAGAUCUAUUAGUAUCUGCAAAAGAAUGCCACGUCAGGUUUGGUGGACGUGCAGAAUUAGCUACAGAAUCAGAAGCAUGUGUUGCAAAGCUCUGCCAUAUAUUUGAAUUGAUUUUUAGUCAUGGGUUAAAGACAAAUUAUAUAGAAAAAAUUAAUUCAGCAUUCAGACAUGUAUCUGAUUUGGUUUCUGGUGGUAAUACAAAACUUGGCAAUGUAGCAGAUAUAGCAUUCUGGCCAUGCAUAAAGGAUCAACUUACUUGGCAUGAGCAGGAACGUUUUAGUAUGUUAAGAAAAGUUCAUACGGAUUAUGGUCGAGGCAGAGCAUGGCUGAGAGCUGUCUUGAACGAAAGAUCUCUAGAACGGCACUUACAUGCCAUUAUAAAUCCUAAUACAUUGUCACCUUUUUAUGAAGAAUGGGCCUUUUUACUUGAUCAAGAAAAGAAUUCUGUGUUACCUAAUAUAGCUGCAGGUCUUGGUACCAUUUUAUUUGCAAUAAGAACAGACAAUGAGGAACUUGAUGAUCUAAAUGGAAGAGGAAUAGACAGAAAUAGAUAUGCGCAAUCAGAACCAAUUAUUUCUACAGUAAUACCAGAAUCUCUCCCGUCUGAACAAGAAAAGCGAAAAAAGAAAGUGCAAACUCGCAUAAUUUCUUUUGAUGAUCAUGAGGAAGAAGAACGCAGGGAAAUUGCAACUUCUAUUAGUGCACCACCAACGUGCCCUAGUUCUCCUACGAUAACGCCAACUAAAGAUUCUACUUCCCCAUGUUUAUCAGAUUGCCAACCUCAAAUAGAUUCUAAUGACAGCACAGCGAUCAAUACAAAACUUCCGGACUGGGAACAAUGUGAAUCUUUUGAAGAGGAGAAAAUAUUAACUCCUGUAAUGGAUACUGGAAAUUUGGGCGGCCUUGUACCUGUUUCAUCACUUGAUCAAACAUUAGAUGAUAUGUUAGUUAGUCUGCCAAAUUACUUAGAUGAUUCAUCAGAAAUAACAGAACCUGCAUUGGAAGCAACAGAACCAUUAGUUGGUUUAGAUUUCCAUAUAGAUCCAGAAAAUUUAGAUGUAGAUACAUUACGUGUAAGGCUUUUAGCUAUGACGGAAGUGCUGGAACAAGCUAGGGAAGAUGCUAUAACAAGCAGAUUGCAAUUAGCUCGUUUCCAGAGGCAACAUCAACAUUAUUUAGAAAGGCAUGAAUUACAGUUGCAAACAUUGAACAGAGAGAAUGAACUCUUACGACAGCAACUGCGUAAGUAUGUCACUGCUGUUCAGAUGUUAAGACGAGAUUCCAAUUCCACAACAGUAUCCGAGGAAGAUCCAUCGUUGGACUAUCACAAUGAGGCGCGACAAUAUGAAGAAAAGUUAAUACAAGUUGCAGACAUGCAUGCCGAGUUAAUGGAAUUCAAUGCUAGAUUGACAAUGCAAUUGACAAACAGAGAUAGAUUAGUAAAAAUGUUACAAACGGAAUUGGAGUGUCUCCGAGGACCGUUAAACGAGGACGAUUUACCUGCAGAGCCACCAUGUCUUAUUCACAUAUGGAUUCCAUCGGCGUUUCUUACAGGACAAUCGUCUGACGUCCAUCAUGUUUAUCAAAUUUAUGUACGCAUAAGAGACAUAGAGUGGAACAUUUACCGGCGAUAUGCUCAAUUUUAUGCGCUUUAUAGAGAGCUAAAGAAACACGAUACUAUUGUUACAACUUUUGAAUUUCCACCAAAAAAAACGAUAGGAAAUAAGGAUGCGAAAUUUGUGGAAGAACGACGGCAAAGGCUGCAGCAAUGGUUACGACGUGUCGUCGGACGCAUAGCGCAGUGUUCACCCGUAUUUGCGUGUAGGCCAAGCAGGCAGACUCUCGUGUCUCUGAUGCCUUUCUUUGGUGAUAUUCCUAAUGCUGAGGAAUCGAGGAAAAAUAAUUCUGCAAGAAAUACUUUUUCUUCCUCCCCUCAAUAUAUGGGUUUAUAAUCAUGACAAUUUUUAUAGCCAAUUUGUACAUAAUGAGAAAAAAAUCUUAAUUUAAUUGCGUCAGACAAGUAUCUUGUUAUAUACAAUAUACACUGUUGAUGAUGAAGCAAAUAAGCAUUGUUGCAUGUAUCUAUGUAAAUAAGAAUAUAUCUAUGCACAUGCGACAAUAUAUGAUGCUCAGCAUGUGUAUGAGAUUAAUAUGUAGCAAAAAAUGAUUAAA